AUGCGUCUUAUUGCCCUUUCCACCGCCGUCCUAGCUCUCGCACAGCAUGCGUAUGCCUUGCCAGUUGAGAGCGAUGCUUCUGGUCUUGACAUUACCCUGAGCCGUGUCAGUGACACCCGCAUCAAGGCUGUCGUGAAGAACGCUGGCAAAGAAGAUGUCACCUUUGUGCACCUCAACUUCUUCCGUGACAGUGCCCCGGUCAAGAAGGUUGGCGUCUUCAAGGAUGAUGCCGAGGUCACCUUCGAGGGAGUCAAGCGCCGCUUCGUCCUCGACGGUCUCAGCCCGGAGUCUCUCACCUCGCUUGCUGCAGGAGAGACCUUCGAGGAUGAAUUUGACAUUGCAUCCACCACUGACUUGUCCAGCGGAGGCCCUCUGACUCUUCGCUCAACUGGUCAAGUUCCUAUCGUCGUUGAUGGCAAGGUCACUGGCUAUAUUCCUUACAACUCCAAUGACCUCAAGAUCGAGGUCGAUGGUGUCAAGGCAUCCCGUGUGGCUAAGGCUAUUAAGCCGCUCAGCCGCCGCACGAAGGAGACUUGCUCCGAUUCUAGCAGGAAGGCGGCACUUGAGAAGGCUCUCAAGAACACUGUCAGCCUCGCAAACGCUGCUGCCACUGCGGCCACUUCUGGCUCUGCCUCCAAGUUCAGCGAGUAUUUCAAGACCACCAGCUCCAGCGUUCGCAACACUGUGGCUGCUCGCCUCAAGGCUGUGGCCAAGGAGGCCGGCUCAACCAGCUCUGGAGCCACCCAGUACUACUGCUCAGAUGAAUACGGAUACUGCGAGACCAACGUUUUGGCCUACACCUUGCCAUCUCUGAACGUGAUCGCUAACUGCGAUAUCUACUAUUCCUACCUCCCGGCAUUGGCCAGCUCCUGCCACGCCCAGGAUCAGGCAACCACCACUCUGCACGAGCUCACCCACGCUCCUGGCACAUACAGCCCUGGAACUGAUGACCUCGGAUACGGGUACUCCGCUGCGACCGCCCUCAGCAGCGCGGAUGCUGUCAUGAACGCUGACUCUUAUGCCCUCUAUGCCAAUGGUUAG